GUUCCUAUUUUAUCCCAUCCUGUCAUAGCAUUAUGUAAUGGAUCAUUUGACUACCACUGACUUCUCAGAUGCGAAAGUCCAAGUCUGAAAUGUUGCACGUUGGUGUCAGUUUGUUGUAAAAUUAAUUUAACACUUUCUUUUUGUAGAAUAAUGUCAUCUAAUAACAUGAAUGAGUAAUAACUAUACAGAGAACUUGUUCCCCACAUCAAAGAGCAAUUUCACCCUAUUGAUAUCUUUGGUUCGUUUGCUGUUUGAUUGGGUUUGGCUUCAUGCUGCAUGGAAAUAAACAAACCAACAAAUAAACAUAUAAAACUUGCUGAGGGGUUUGUAGGGCUGAAACUCUUACCAUGUUUGUAUAAAAUGCAAAAAUGAAUCAAGCAUAGAGAUCAAUGAGCAAGCACUCGUUGAAUGAUUAGAUAAUGAUUAGAUUAAAACAUGUUGCGUCUCACAUCCAGCAUCUAAUAUUUUUGUUUGGUUUGCCAGUCCAAACCAAUUUGCAGCUUGAGGCUCAGUUUAGCAAAUCAUUCUGACUGUUCACUUGUACCCCAUGAUGAAACAUCUCCAUGCUGAUAGGAGUGGUCUCCUCCAGGAUGACCAUGCCCCCAUCCACAGGGCACGUGGGCUCACUGAAUGGUUUGAGGAGGAUGACAGUGCUGUAAAUCAUAUGCUAUGGCCUUAAUAAUGAGCAGAUUUUAGCUCAGUUAAACAUCUUUGGGAGAUUUUGGAGCAUCAUUAAAACACCAACUGAUCUUUUGGAAGAUGUUUAUACUGUUUAUACUUCCACAACUGUAGAUAUUAUCUAAUAUACUGUCAUUAAUAAACUGUGAUUGUGCUGUACAAUCCAUCUACUCAGUAAAACGUAGCUUCAUGCAACCUUAAUUCCAAUCUUGAUUCAUCUGUUUUGAGCUUGGGCCCAUUCUUCAUGCAGGUUGACCAGUUUACAGAAUAAUCCAGCUAACCAUGUUAACUAUGAUGGAGCUGGAUGUGCAAAUAAAUUGGUUAAAAAUGAAAAGGCUCAUAACAACACUUUGAAUGAAACUCUCUUCCCCUGCAAGAGUUCUUCUCUGCUAUCAAGUCAUAGGAAGCAUUAGAGAAUCCUCAGCAUUGAUUUGGGACAGGGCCAGCAAGUCUGCUAUUAGUGUCUCUUUUUGGCAUCAAAACCACAAAACUUCAGUUUCUUGCUGAUUGAACCAUCUGCCACAGCACAGGUUUCCGUGCCUGUGCAUAUGCGCACAGACACUCACAACUACAGACUCUGCUGAUGUUAGGAGCAGGUUUGCAGAUUCAGAAGUUUGAUAAGAUUCGUGUGUUAUGAUAAACUCACCUGUGCCCAUUCAAGUACAGUGGUAGUGAUGCUGUAAGUCUCCUAAAUGAGAAUUUGAAAAAGCAUUCACUUCUUGCAACUGCACAAUGUUGUGAAACACAAGAUAAGUAGGUUACAGAAAGAUGAAAGCUGUCACAGUCUAUACUGAGACUUUGAAACAAUUUGACUAUUGCACUAGUUAGCUACUAAAUAACAGUCUGUUUGCACAUCAGUAAUUGACCUGUUCUCACCUUUUCUUCAGUGGAUAAUCUCAUCUGGAUACUGUAGAUUGUUACCUAAAGUUGCUGCUGUAGUCAUAAAGACUGUCCUGUGGUCAUCCCAGGACUUCACAAUCUGCUAGAAGUGUAAUGACUUAAAAUCCCAUUAUCCAGAUGGGUUCCCUUUUGAGGUUCCUCUCAAGGUUUCUUUUUCUUGUCUUCUCAGGGGGUUUUUUCUUGCUGCUGUCACCUCUGGCUCGCUUAAAUCUGCUUUGUGACAAUGUCGCGGUAUUGAAUUGAAUUGAAGUAGAGACCAUCUAAAACAUCCACUGUUCCAGUUAUGCUUUAGUUUAACUGGCUUACAGGAGAUGGCACAAAUACUCACCAACCAGUUUAUUAGGAACACCUUUACACCUGCUCAUUUAUGCAGUUAUCCAAUCAGCCAAUCAUGUGACAGCAGCACAGUGCAUAAAAUCACAGAUGCAAGAUAGUCAAGAGCUACAGUUAAUCUUCACCAAACACCAAUUAUCAAGCAUCAGAAUAUGGACAAUGUGAUCUCAGUGACUUUGACUGAGGCAUGGUUAUUGGAGCCAGCCUGGCUAGUUCGAGUAAUUCAGAAACUGCUUAUCUAGGAUUUUCAUGCACAAAAUGGUGGUAAAACCAAAAAAAAUCCAGUAAGCGGCAGUUCUGUGAACGUGAAUGCCUUGUUGAUGAGAUAGGUCAGAGGAAAAUGGCCAGAUUGGUUUGAGCUAAUAGGAAGGCUGUGGUGAUUCGCUCUUUAAUAUAAUAAUCGCUCUUUGCAACUGCAGUGAGCAGAAAAGCAGCACAGAAUACACAGUGAACCUUGAGGUAGAUUGGCUCCAGCAGCAGAAGAUCAUAUCGGGUUCCAGUCCUGUCAGCCAAGAACAGGAGUCUGAGGCUACAGUGAAGACGGGGAAAACAUUGCUUGGUCUGAUGAAUCUGAAUUUCUGCAGAUGAUCUGUCAAAAUUUGGUGUCAACAGCAUUAAUCCUUGGCCCCAACCUGCCUUGUGUCAGCACUUCAGGCUGGUGGUGGUGGCGUAAUGGUGUGGGGAAUGUUUUCUUAGCACACACUGAGCCCCUUAAUACCAGAUGAGCAUCGUUUGAAUGCCACAGCAUAUCUGAUUAUUGUUGCUGACAAUGUGCUUCUGUUUAUGGUCACAAUUUACUCAUCUUAUAAUGGCUACUUCCAGCAUGAUAAAGCACUAGUCAUGUCAAAAUGGUUCCAUGAAUAUGACAGUAAGUUCAGUAUACUUUAAGGGUUGCCCCGUCACCUGAUCCGAAUCCAAUAGAGAUUCACAGCAUGUGAAAUCUGCCGAUCAACAUCCAGUAUUUGUGUGGUGUUCCUGAAAAUUGGCCGGUGAGUGUAUAAACGUCUGCGUAUUGUUGCGCAUAUCAAAUCAAAAUUGAUAUUACUGCAUUCUACAGUGCAGCUCAAUUCCCGGUAACACACAAAUAAACACAUAGAUAUGACCGCUUGUGCACCCGUUGUGUGGUCUCACACUGCAUAUGCUGAUUCUCAGAAAGCUGCAGAGAGGGCAGGAAGAAAGGUAGCAGAGUGUGUCUGUAUAUAGGUGUGGGUGUAUGUGGGAGUGUGUACAGUGUUUUUGUUUUUCACUACACCUAUAAGUCUGAUUUUAUGCUUAUUUACCAGAUUCUUCUGUGCUUUUCUGGAUUAAUGUAGACUUUUGACGAGGCAUUACCAUUGAAGCAUGCUUUGCUUAACACGCAUUUGCAGGCAGUUUGUGGUACGAUGCUUCUGAAACAGACCUGGCGGGUUGCUACGACCACAAGAGGUUAAUCUCAGCGCACAACUAACUUUUUUUGCUGAUUCAGCAGAUAUUAACAGAAUACGAAGUAUCCUUUUCAUCACCUAGAGGCAUAAAGACACUUUGAUCCAAAAGCCAGCUGAUUUGCUCCAGCAACAAGUGCAGCUUGUAUGUAAAUACUGAGCUGAAAAUAAAGUGUAAACCUGCUACGUCUUCCAUUUUGUCUCUACCUCCUUCUGAUGUGGAGGUCAUGGAGGCUAGGUUCGGUUUGGGCUGAGGCAUCUUCCUUUCUUCUCCCCUUGAGGGAGGGGUAGGAGAUUGGUUCCUGCCUGGUUUACAGGAAACAGCCACGUUGCUUGUUAAGCAAACUGUACAAACAACGCAAAAGACUAUCUAUACACAGAUGAAGUCGUGCCAGACUCUGAAGGAAGAGACGAUAAAGGAAGCCAUGUCGCAAGAGGAGGGGCCGAGGACGCAUUCCACACAGACCUACUACCAUCAUACCUCUAUAGCAGACAGCGACCUAUCACCAAAGCUCUACAAGCAGGAGGGAAUGUCCAAGCCCUAUUCAGUGCUGGUCGACAACAAGGUGCCUGCCAAAGCGCUGGCUCCUGACCUCGAACCCAGUCCUGCCCCUCUUCAGCAUUACUACAAAGAAGCUUCCGGAACCACUGGAGCCGAGGGAGUGGUGAAGACCAAAAAUGACGGGACGUCUGAUGACACAGAGGAGGAAGAAGAGGAGGAGGAGUUCAAGCGAGCACAGAUCAUUGUUGAGGUGAACCUGAACAAUCAGACCCUGCAUGUCUCUAAAGGUGACAAGAGCAUCCCUGCAGGAGAGGUGAAAAGUGACAGUGAAGAGGAGGAGGAGGAGGAGGAAGAAGAAGAAGAGGAGGAGGAGGAGGAGGAGGAAGACGAGGAAGAAGAUAGUAUAGAAGAGGAGGAGAGUGUCGAGGAGGACCCCGAUGAUGAGGAGGAAGAGGAAAACGAUACCCGGAGGACGAGAUCCAAGCGGACACGCACAAAGAGUCACCGCGUCAGUGUACCCACAGGGUCCAUUGGAGUAACCACGAGGGGGCGGAGAAAGAGCGCCGAAGCCCCACCUCAGAAGCGCAGGUCAGCGCGGGAUGGAAGGAGCUCUGGUCCGUCUGCUUCGGGAGGAGGGAGGGAGGGUGAAGAGCGUGGGACACUGGCGUGUGAGAAAUGCCCACGCGUGUUUAACACCCGCUGGUACCUGGAGAAGCACAUGAACGUCACACACAGACGCAUGCAGAUCUGCGACAAGUGCGGCAAGAAGUUUGUCCUGGAGAGCGAGCUGGCCCUGCACCAGCAGACUGACUGCGAGAAGAACAUCCAGUGUGUGUCAUGUAAUAAAUCUUUCAAAAAGCUCUGGUCACUUCACGAGCACAUUAAGAUUGUCCAUGGCUAUGCCGAGAAGAAAUUUGCCUGCGAGAUAUGCGAGAAGAAGUUCUACACAAUGGCUCAUGUCCGCAAGCACAUGGUCGCUCAUACUAAGGACAUGCCGUUUACAUGUGAAACCUGUGGAAAGUCGUUUAAGCGCAGCAUGUCCCUAAAGGUGCACUCACUUCAGCAUUCAGGAGAGAAGCCCUUCCGUUGUGAGAAUUGUGAUGAGCGUUUCCAAUAUAAGUAUCAACUGCGGUCUCACAUGAGCAUCCACAUUGGACACAAGCAGUUCAUGUGCCAGUGGUGUGGCAAAGAUUUCAACAUGAAGCAGUAUUUUGAUGAGCAUAUGAAGACACACACAGGUGAGAAGCCAUUCAUCUGUGAGAUCUGUGGGAAGAGUUUCACCAGUCGACCCAACAUGAAGCGUCACCGGCGCACACACACCGGAGAGAAGCCUUACCCGUGCGAAGUGUGCGGUCAGCGCUUUCGCUUCUCCAACAUGCUCAAGGCGCACCGAGAGAAGUGCUUCCGGGUCACGAGCCCCAUGACCCAGCAGCCUGCCAGCAUGCCCAUCUCUGUUCAUCUCCCUGGCCACACCCCUUCUUCCUCUGGCCACACCUCCAGCCCACCACUGCCCUCUCAAGGCACAUCCGCUGCAGCAGCCGUGGGCCCAGGAAUGAUCGCUUCCGGAAUUGGACAUGGCUUUUCCCCUUUGCACAUGCAGGCCACACCCACGCAGCACCACCAAACCCAUUUGCAUCAUCCUGGGCACACCCCUAUGACGAGCCACACCUCUCCGCACCAGUCCGUGCCGUCCUCUCUCCUGCCGUCUCCCCCAGCGCUUUUUAAAAGUGAGCCAAUCAACCACUGCGCCCACGAGGACGUGUACCUGAGGCCAGGCUCCGCACAGCAGCACUAAAAAUAACCACACAGAUCCGCCGGCAGUCCACACACAGAUAAUGUGUUCAGGGGUGUAUGAGGGAAGCUCAGCAAAACAUUUGUGUGUGUGUGUGUGUGUGUGUGUGUGUGUGUGUGUGUGUGUGUGUGUGUGUGUGUGUGUGUGUGUUACAGAGAGGCAUAUAUGUAAGUGCUGGCUGUGCAUUUCCUUGCUGGGAAGCGAUCAUGUGAUCAGAGAGGAUGUUUAAGGCUGUUGACCUCAGUGAACUUUCUCUCAAAUGAUAUUAGCAUUAUUUUACACCUCAUAUACUGAUAAGGAAAAAUUCCACUUGCAUCAUAAUGAUGAAAACAUGCCACUGUAUGUGAGCUGGCACACUUUCAGUCUUUCUUUCUCCUCUCUCUCUCUUUCUCUGCCUCUCUUGUCCCUCUGUUGCGUUCUCAUUUUCUCUCCCUGUCUCGUUCUCCUCUCUCGCACACCCUCUGUAUCUCUGUCUCAUACAUCCUGUAUGCCUCUCCCUCAUCUCUCUGUCUCACUCACUCUUACUCUCUCUCUCUCUCUUUUUUCUCUCUUGCGGUCUCUAUCUCUCUAUCUCACUCUCACUCUCAUACGUUCUUCUUCUCUGUCCCUCUCUCACUUUCUCUUUAUGUCUCUCUCCCCUCACUCUCUCCGUCUCUCUGUGUCCCUCUCUCACUAUCUCUCCCUGCAUGUCUCUCCUCUCUCUCGUAUCUCUGUUGUCUCUCUCACACUGUCUCACUCUCACACACCUCUGUUUCUCUCCUCUGUCAACAACUAUACGCUGAUGCUGUCUCGCCCUGUCUGUUUCUCCCUAGCUCUCUCUUUCUUCCUCUCUCUCACCUCCCUGUCUCUUGUCUCCCUCUGUCUCACACUCUUGCUCUUUUUGUCUCUUAUAAUAUAUCCAGCUGCUGCUGCCAGGGUUCUACGGGUUCAACACAAUUACUUGUAAAAGCUCUAAAUUCACUUUUGAAUAAUGCAGUUUAGCCUUCUCUAUAUGGAAGUACACAUUUGACAUAAACACUUGUACAUGUGUGUACGUGUGUGUAUGUAUGUGUGUGUGUGUGUGCGCGCGUGUGUGCAUGUGCGCAUGUAUACAAACUUAUACAUGCAGACUUUUGGGCACUUAAACUCAUAGAUAAUGUAACGCACUCACUAUGCUUGUUUUAUAGUUGUCAAAUUUAUUGUGCGUUAUUGAAACCUUUUUUUUUUGUGUGUGUGUGUGCCGAUGGCUUUGGGAGCGUAUGUUCUGGAUGAGGAGUCGUGGAUGUAUUCAAGUGAAACUCUUUAGGGGAAAAGAGACUGAGAAAUUAUGUCGUGUCAUAAGGGACUUUAAAAAAAAAAAAACAUAAUUCAUUAUUACGUUCUGUAUGAUCUAACCCAUUUACCAUAUAUUCUUAUUUGUAAACAUUACUGUUUUUAAGAGGAAUUUUUAUGUGUGUGUGUGUGUGUGUGUGUGUUUUAAUGGGCUUAAAAAGAGGAUUAUUUGUAUAUGUUUAUUCAGAUGAAUGCGUGGUUAGGGCGCUGUAGCGUGCGGCAGUGAGUGUGUGACUGUGUACUUGUUGUGACUGUCGUUACACCUCGGGAGGUGCUGGCAUUGAAAGCUGCUUCUCUGUCUUUUACAUGACUAUCCAUCAUGUAUGUGUGUGUGUGUGUGCUUGAGUGUGUGUGUUUAAAGUCUAUUUUGUUUAUCUGUUCUCUGCACUUUACUGCUGCAUUACAGAUUUGAACUGAAACUGACAAGACUUUGUUAAUUAUGUCUAGCAAGUGUGUGUGAGUGUGAGUGAGAUGGUCAGCUUUUGGAAAAGGAGGAGAUUCACAUCUAAAUAAUAACCUUGAUUUUAACUAUCGAAGAGCUUCAUUUAUUUUAUACUUUAAUUGAUUUCUUCUUCCUGUAGUGUGACAGGUGGAGAUGCUUGUCAGUCAUGUCUAACCUUUCUGUUUUCCGAUUUUCCUCCUUUUCUUUUGGUUGAAAGAAUGCACUUUCUAAGUAAACCUUUCUAGUUAAGAAAUAAGCAGACCAUGUUUAAUGUAUACUCUGGAGCGAUUUAAAGCAGAGGAGUUAACCCUUCUCUGUUUCUACCACUCGAGUGUAGCAGUACGUGAUUGCAUCACUGUAUGGUACUCAGAUGUGCAGCUUUGCCAACUUCCAACUGCUUUUUCUUUUGAUUGUGUUUGAGAAAGGAUGACAGACAUGUAUUACUCACAGGCCUUUUUUAUAAUGCUCAUUUAACAUACUUUCUGAUAACUUUAGGAAGUAAAAAAAUAAGUAGCCACAUUUAUAACUUUGUUAGUCAUCAUUUAUAACUUUUUUUUUUUUUUUUUUU